AGGGCCCUGCAGCCGCUCUUCUCUGGCAGAAACCCCGUAGUGCCGCACAGCAGCGCCAUUCGGUAACUGCAACAGUAUCCAAAAUGGCAGGAGCUGAUGGAGACGACUCUCUCUACCCUAUCGCUGUUCUCAUUGAUGAACUGCGAAAUGAGGACGUUCAGUUACGACUGAACAGCAUCAAGAAGCUGUCCACUAUUGCUCUGGCCCUUGGUGUUGAGAGGACUCGCACUGAACUCCUACCUUUCCUCACAGACACCAUUUAUGAUGAAGAUGAGGUGCUCUUGGCUUUGGCUGAGCAGCUUGGCAAUUUCACUAUGUUGGUGGGAGGGCCGGAGUACGUCCACUGUCUCUUGCCUCCCCUGGAGAGCCUAGCUACAGUGGAGGAGACAGUAGUCAGAGAUAAAGCAGUGGAGUCCCUGCGGAAGAUCUCUCAGGAGCACUCUCCAGUUGACCUGGAGGUGCAUUUUGAGCCUUUGGUCAAGCGGUUGGCCAGCGGUGACUGGUUCACUUCUCGCACAUCUGCCUGCGGGCUCUUUAGUGUCUGUUAUCCUCGUGUCUCCAGCACUGUCAAGGCUGAGAUCCGCCAGCAUUUUCGAACCUUGUGCUCAGAUGACACUCCUAUGGUGCGACGUGCUGCAGCCUCUAAACUGGGGGAGUUUGCCAAAGUCCUGGAGCUGGAUUAUGUAAAAAGUGACAUAAUCUCCCUCUUCACUGCUCUGGCCUCUGAUGAGCAGGACUCAGUGCGGCUGCUUGCCGUGGAGGCCUGUGUCAGCAUUGCCACCCUGCUACCUCAGGAAGACCUUGAGACCCUCGUCAUGCCAACCCUGCGCCAGGCUGCAGAAGACAAAUCUUGGAGGGUUCGCUACAUGGUGGCUGACAAGUUCUCUGAGCUCCAGAAAGCAGUGGGACCAGAGAUCACCAAGAACGAUCUGGUCCCGGCCUUCCAGAAUCUUCUGAAGGACUGUGAAGCAGAGGUCCGUGCUGCUGCAGCCAACAAAGUCAAAGAGUUCUGCGAGAACCUCCCAGAGGACAAUCGUGAGCAAAUCAUCAUGACUCACAUUCUGCCCUGCGUCAAGGAACUUGUUUCAGACACCAACCAACAUGUGAAGUCAGCCCUGGCCUCCGUCAUUAUGGGCCUUUCGACCAUCCUGGGCAAGGACAACACAAUAGAGCACUUACUGCCUCUCUUCCUGGCUCAGCUCAAGGAUGAGUGCCCUGAGGUGCGUCUCAACAUCAUCUCCAACCUAGACUGUGUGAACGAGGUGAUUGGCAUCCGUCAGCUCUCCCAGUCUCUGCUGCCGGCCAUUGUGGAGCUGGCAGAGGACGCAAAGUGGAGGGUCCGCCUCGCCAUCAUAGAAUACAUGCCCCUGUUGGCAGGACAACUGGGAGUGGAAUUCUUUGACGAGAAACUCAACACUCUUUGUAUGGCCUGGCUUAUUGAUCACGUGUAUGCCAUCCGUGAGGCGGCCACCUGUAACCUCAUGAAGCUGGUGGAGAAGUUUGGAGCAGAGUGGGCUCAGAACACCAUUGUGCCCAAAGUGCUGGGCAUGGCCAACGACCCCAAUUACCUCCACAGGAUGACCACUCUAUUCUGCAUCAACGCUUUGUCAGAGGCAUGUGGCCAGGACAUCACCACUAAGCAGAUGCUACCAGUGGUCCUCAAGAUGUCAAAUGACCAGGUGGCUAACGUCCGCUUCAACGUGGCCAAAUCCCUUCAGAAGAUCGGCCCUGUCCUCGACAGCAAUGCUCUUCAAACAGAGGUGAAGCCAGUGCUGGAGAAGCUGGCAACAGACACAGACAUGGAUGUCAAGUACUUUGCCCAGGAGGCUAUCAGUGUUCUGGCCCUAGCAUAACCGACCCAACAUGGCCAAACCAGACAACCACCCGAGACAACAACGCAAACACUUUUACAAGAUAUUUAUUGAUGUUCAGGAACAACUGGUAAAUGUAUAGAGAAAGCUGUUAACACUUGUUUUAUCCUUUUAUUCCUUUUGUCUACUGUCCAGUGGUGGACAAUGUCCAGGCAUAGCACAGGCUUCUUCUUUAACUUCCUCGUUGCUGUAAAUGGGUGCUUCAACAGAAGGCAAAGUGAUGAAAUUAUUAGCAUUAAGUGGUGCAUGCUUACUAAUGUGCUACUGUGCUAGCUAGGCAUCGCUAACCAGAAACCCCCCUCUCACAUUCCUCUCAUUUACAUCCUCCGCCACUGUUGUACUGUAGCCAAAGUGGAUGCAGCUUACCACAUGUCUAUGUUCGCUACCUAGCACCUAGCGCUGUGCUAGCUCUCUGUGCUGCUGCGCUUUUUCUCCCAACGCUAGACACAAACUUUGAGCAGCAGAUGGUACAGAAAGCUGUUUAUUUUGCCGAGCUUCCUCCCAAACCAUCUCCCUUUUCCCUGAGUCACGGCCGCGGCUCUCCAGAGAAGUGAUUGAAAAGUCUGUGCAGGUCUACCAGGCCCUCUUUCUUUUUUUCUUUCGUUUUUUCCCACCGGACCAAACCUGUUGUCUCCUUAAUGCUUCACAGGGUUUGUUCUCUUCAAAGCUUAGACAAAGAAGUAAUGGAGUGUCCAUUACUGCAUGUAAUCUGAUGAACUCUCUCAAUGAUUGCAUGUGCUAAUCAAUCUCAAAUAGUGUCCUUUGCCAUCUCUAUCUACCAGACUAGCGUGCCCCUGUGCACUGUUUGUUCUCUGCAGCAACACAGAUUGAAUUGGUCAAACAAAUGAAUUACCUCGGCCCUCUGUAACGGGGACCAGCUCGGUCGUAAAGUGUUGCUCAUAAUUAUCCCUCCUCCAAAUCCUCCAUGAUUUUGUUGAUGUGCUAGGGUGGGAAGUAAUAGUCAGUUGUGAUUUUCUGCAACAUGUUCUCGGCAUUGCUCUUAAUCUUUGUGCCAAUGACUUCGAUAAGCAGUGGUGUUCUCUCUUGGUAUGCCUGGGUAAACGGAUUUCACCUGUCCUGUUCUGUAAAGAGAAGACAUUGUUCUUUUUUUUUUUCUGUGAGGGACACUUUAUUCCUUGGACAUUAAUGGGAUGGUUAAACUUAAUUGACGUCAGCUACGAGGGCCGUGGGAUUAACAAACCCUGCCACUCCUUGAGUCCGAGAGCCACACCGUUUCCCCUUAAAUCCAUGCUACGCUCUCCACUGUGCAUGAGAUUUAAAAGCAUAAGGUCUGCGCACGUAAAGAGCCAGCAGAGGAUUCUUGCUUACAAAUCUCUACACGAUGGAGAACAAGUGCAUGCUUUCAAAGAAAGUGGGAUGGGGGACAUGGAGCAUGUGUACGUAAGGCUGCAUAAUGUUUUAUUAUGGGGUGGGAGCUGGGGUGGUUAUGGGCGGGUUGAAUAAAUGUAUCGUCUGUGUUGAUAAAAGAAACUUCUGUCUUUCUCUGAACUCCUCCCGCUGAUCCCUUCUCCCCCCCUGCCCUCUCAUUUUGUUCUUGAAUAAACCUUGAUUGUUGAUUGUCCUGUAUCACAAAGACUGUGCUUUUAUUUUUAUUUUGAAUUCGCUCCACAAUUGGGAUGCUGUACUACUGUAUCUUGAUCUGAAUAAAGUAACACAAAGGAA